AUGGCCGAUCCGCUGUAUGACCUUCUGAAACCGCAUCUUUCGACGGUGACGGCCACCACUACCACCACUACCACCACCACCACUACUACCACCACGACAACAUCCCCCUCACAAGAAGUGUCCAGAUAUCUCUCUCGGCUGGCAUCGCUCCGCCUCGAUGACCUGACGACGAGCGAACCGCAGUCUCUCGCGCAAGCCAGCCAGUCCAGCCUGGUGUUGAUCCAGGCAUUGAGUGCGCGCUCCCACCGCACGACGACCAUUUCAUCCGACCAUCUUUCCACACUCCGCACCUCUCUUCCACAACUGUCGUCCUCGGUGGAAGCGAUCCGGCAAUCCAUUCCGGCCUUGGACGCGACAGCGGUGGCCUUUGCCUCGUCAUACAACAGAUCCAAGGACGAAGCCAGCCCCGGAAAUGCGCUUCUCAAUACGAGACGCGAGUCUGCCCUCCUCGCCCGGCAAGCAGACAAGGUACAGGACCUUCUCGAGCUUCCGUCCCUAUUGUCGGCAGCCAUUGCCUCUGCCGGCGGCAGUACGAGUACGAGUACUACGAGCGGUGCAGGCACUUCAGUGGCGUCGGGGGCGAACUAUACCCAGGCGCUGGACCUCUUCGCGCACAUCAAGCGGCUUCAGAUCCUCUAUCCGGACUCUCAACUGGUCAGGUCGGUGCUCGUGGACGCAGAGGCCGCCAUGAAGGACAUGACGGCGAAUCUGAUUGCCGGUCUUCGCGGCCAGAACAUCCGCCUCGCUGCCGCCAUUCGCAUGAUCGGCUGGUUACGGAGAGUGGCGCCGGAGCUGGGAGCACCCACAGCCAUAGCCACAGCUACAAGCAGUUCUACGCAGUCGACUCCGGCUGGCCGGCGAUCAAAACUCGCAGGUGCAAGUCUGUCUACGGCCACAACGAGCCCGUCUCCAAACGAGGGCCAUUUUGGGGCACUGUUCCUGUGUGCCAGGCUGUCGACUUUUCUGUACAUGACGGAGGCGCUCUCGCCGCUGCGCGAUCUAGCCGACCAAGAAACGCAAAUGCGGAAGUCAAACUCGAUCGGCCCAAACAACAGAGCCAAGUCGGGGCCUUCGUCAUUCUCGUCUUCCUCGUCUCGCCCCGAACCAACCCGCAAAUCCUCCACGAGUGGGACCGGGAGCGGGACCGGCAAUGGCCCUCUGCAGGGCCAGCACACGGAGCGUUAUCUGAAACGCUACAUCGAGAUCUUUCGCGAACAGUCCUUCGCCACCAUCAGCAUGUACCGUAACAUCUUUCCCGCGGAGGAAUCGGAAUUGGAAACAGAAACGGAGGCCGCUCCUGGCUCGGAGUCCCAAGCGCAGUCCCCGCUAUCGUCGCUUUCCCUGUCACUCUCGCUCCCACCGGCCCUCCAAUCGUUCCCGCUACACUUGGUCGAGGUGUUCAUGUCGACGCUGAAGCAGUACCUCCCUAACGUGAGGGACCCUGCCGCGCGGGAAAGUCUGCUGAUGCAAGUGCUCUACGCGGCCAACAGUCUAGGCCGACUGGGAGCGGAUUUCAGCCUGAUGAUAGCCCUGCUUGAGGAGGAUGAUGAGGACGAAGAAGUCGUUAAGGGGGAUGUUGGCGAUGCUGGCCACGUCACGACAUCAGAAAUAACUACAGCUACAUCAAAAGCAACAGCAACAGCAACAGCAACAGCAACAACAGAAGCUGAAGAAGACCACGGCGACGGUGACGACGAAGAAGAGGGUGAAGCUGAAGCCGCAGCGACAGUCAAGCCUGAGACUGAGACUGAAACUGAAACUGAAACUGAAACUGAAACCGAAACUGAAACUGAGCCCGAAUGGAUCUCGGUCAUCAAGAAACACCGCGUCCAGGCCGCCCGACUCGAGGCGCUGGCGGCCGGCCAGGACCGACUUGUGCAACGGCGCGAGUCGACGGACAUUGCUGUACGGUAG